GUGAAGUACUUUAACGAGACAGAAGAGAACAAUCAAAUGAGAGGGCCAAGGACAGGAGUUCCGUAUUUCCUGUAAUGAAAACAAUUAUGUUUGCCCCCCUUCUUCCAUCGCUGCGAUGAUGAUGAUGGUGAUGAAGCCAUUGCUAGCUACCAUUGACAAUAUGUUCAGUCUCAAAAGAUUAUAUGUAGAUCUUAGGUAACAGAAACGAACAAAAGAAAUCCAUUAAGCAGAGUCUACCCAUGUGGUGAAUACAACAUAAAAGGAAAUCCUCUACCGCCUCUUCAUCCUAAGACGGUCCUGGACCGGUUUGUUACCCGAUGUAGAUGUGAGACCGGAGAAUGAACGGUCCUAGACUGGUUUGAGAUUAAAGACGAAAUCAGGGUAAACCAGAACCGGCACAAUUACAAAACCCACCAAAAACCCAAAGAGGAUUAGCUCCAAAGAGAAACCAAACCCUUUUGCACUUCUUCAUCUUCUUGUUCCCACCACUACUAUCGCCGCCGUUAAGGAUUAUAUUUUUUUCAGAGGCGGCGAUGGCGGAUCUUCUACCACCUCUUGCGGCGGCAAAAAUCGAUGCGAAGACUAAAGUAGAUGAGAAAGUUGAUUACUCGAAUCUCCCUUGCCCUGUUUCUUAUGACGAACUCAACCGUGAAGCUAUCAUGUCUUUAAAGGCAGACACUUUUGAGGGUUUACGCUUCGACUUUGCCAAGGGAUUGAAUCAAAAGUUUUCCCUUUGCCACAGUGUAAUGAUGGGACCAACGGAAGUUCCUUCUCAGUCACCUGACACGACGAUCAAAAUUCCAACAGCCCAUUACGAGUUUGGUGCCAAUUACUAUGAUCCAAAGUUGAUGCUUGUUGGAAGAGUGAUGACUGAUGGUAGAGUAAACGCAAGAGUGAAAGCUGAUCUAACUGAUAGGUUGAUCUUAAAGGCGACUGGUCAGCUGACAAAUGAGCCUCAUAUGUCCCAUGCAAUGUUCAACUUUGAUUACAUGGGAUCAGACUACAGGGCCCAAUUUCAACUUGGGAACGGUGCUCUAGUUGGAGCAACCUAUAUUCAGAGUGUGACACCCCGUCUGUCUUUGGGUGGGGAAGUGUUUUGGGCUGGUGUGCCUCGGAAGUCUGGUCUCGGUUACGCUGCAAGAUACGAAACUGAUAAAAUGGUGGCUACUGCGCAAGCUGCUAGCACUGGUACUAUAGGUAUGAACUAUGUUCAGAAGAUUUCCGAUAAGGUUUCUCUAGCUACUGAUUUCGCCUACAACUACUUGUCAAGAGAUGUUGUGGCUAGCCUUGGGUAUGACUACAUUCUCAGACAGUCACGUGUGCGGGGAAAGAUUGAUUCCAACGGUGUUGCAUCCGCUCUCUUGGAAGAGAGAUUGAGUAUGGGACUCAACUUUCUUCUAUCUGCAGAGCUUGACCAUAAGAAGAAGGACUACAAGUUUGGAUUCGGUUUAACAGUCGGCUAAUAAGCCUGGCUCUACCACACGCAGCGCUUUCAUUAGUGCGGGGGAUUCAGUUAAACUUAUUGUAUUUCCCAUCAAGAUUUCAUUUAGGCUUUUUGGUCGGCAACGUUGGGAAAUUAAAACAAAAAAAAAAACAAAGGAAGUGUGUUGUGUUGUUAUUUACGGUUUAGGUUUUGUCUCCAUUAAGAAGACCCAUUAUAUAAGUUUUUGGUGUUA